UCUCAGUCUGUGUAGGCUGCACAUUAUGAACAGUCACACUCUACCAUCCUCUCUCUGCAGUAACCACUGCAAACCAUCUACCCUGAGAAACAGAGGGGGAGGAAAAAGCGAUAGAGAGAUACAUGGAUGAAUGAAGACAGGAGGAACAGGGGACAAAAUAAAAGGAGGAAAAAACUAUAGAGGGAAUUAUCACAGUGUUUUUCCUUCUCUCGUUUGUUCUCUUCCUCUCCUUUCAUCCCUCUCUCUCUUUUUCAUCUUUUUCAUUCAAUACCUGUACGCAGGGAUUAAAAUGACUUAAAAUGCAAUCUACGGACGGAGAGAUCUGGACGGAGGUAGAAAUGAGAAGGGGAUGAGGAAAGAGAGAGGGUUUGUCCUCUGAAGAGAUUUCGCGUUGUACAGCUGGCGAGAGAACGAGGGAACAAGAGAGAGAGAGAGAGAGAGAGAGUUGCCUGUUUUUUCCUGAGGAGCAGCACAUUGGACGGAUCAGGAUAAAGAGAAGAUCGGACAUUCUGUGAUUCUGUGAUUCCGUACAGAUGAAUCCGGAUGACCAGGCGAACAACAUCAUCAACAACAACAACAACAACAACAACAACAAGGACAACCCCCCACUCGUCCCUCAACACCUCCAUCCACGUCCCUUAUUGUUCAGCCCUUGUCCUGGGUUGUUUGACCCACCAAGGGGACAGGGAAGCUUAACCCGGGUUGUUUGACCCACCAAGGGGACAGGGAAGCUUAACCCGGGUUGUUUGACUCACCAAGGGGACAGGGAAACUUUGGGAAAUAAAGAACAUAUUCUGUUACAUUCCCACGAUGCUCGGAAUAACAUUUGUGAUGCGGAACGCGUGGAAUGAUUCCCUGAAGAGAGGGAAGCUGACAUAACAGAGGGAUAGAGGGAGGAUACGACUGAAGGAAAGGAAGAGAGAGACAUAUGAGCAAUCUAAGGUGGAACAGGGAGGGAGAGAGAGGGAGGAGGAGAGGAUCUGCCUGUUCAUGAUCUUCAUUCCCUUGAUAUCAAUAUUAUGAUAUAUUCAUACGAGAAUUCCCAGAAUUACCAAACAGGAAAUGGCGAUGGAAAAUUAUGGAAAAGCAAACAAAUUGAAUUUCUUCAGAUUUCUGUGUGUUUUUUUGGGAUUUUCCAGAUUCUCUUUGGGGAAUAAUGUGAAUGAGAUUGAGUGAAAAUCUCCCUGGAACUAAACAAAUAUAAAAGGGAUCGUGGAGUGUGUGACUCAGCGACCCAAAUCCGCCUCUUUGAUGUGUGUGUGUCGGAAGGGAGUCACACACACACACUGUCGGGAUACACACACACAUACCAGGAUACACACCUGGGGCGGAAUCAGGCACACACACACACUGUCGGGAGUACACACACACACACCAGGAUACACACCUGGGGCGGAAUCAGGCACACACACACCUGGUUGGAGGAAAGGUGUGACACAGACAGAAAAGGUCUGCGGAUAAUUCUCAAUAUUACCAUGCCAGACCCCCCACCCCCCCACCCCACCCGAAGACGACACCCAUCACCCCACACACACCUACACCCACAGAGAAGGACAGAACAUUCCAUCCUCUCCUCCGUCCAUCCCUCCAUCACUUCUUCAAUCACACUUCAGAAUGACAGUGAAAGACUUCCCCAAUCCCUUCCUCGAUCAUUCUCCUCACAUCUCAUUCUGUGUUCCCCGGAAACCCCUCCCAACCCUACCCUUCCCUCACAUCUCAUUCGCUGUGUUUGCCCAUCUCCUGCUUUUCCAGCCCUCCAUUGGCUGACACUGGUCACAUGCUGUUGCCUGUUGCCCUCUCUGAUUGGUGCAGGGGAGAUGUGGGACGUGGUUGCGGUGUGUCCAUUCCACUGCGUCUGUCGGAACCUGUCAGACUCUCUGAGCACGCUCUGUGCAGAUAAAGGCCUCCUAUUCGUUCCACCGAAUGUCGAUCGGCGAACUGUCGAGCUCCGAUUGGCUGAUAACUACAUCACGGAAGUAGGUGGGUCGGACUUUGCCAACAUGACCGGAUUGGUUGAUUUGACUCUGUCCCGGAACACUAUCCACUCCAUCCGCCCAAUGGCGUUCUCCGAUCUAGAGAGUUUGCGAAGUUUGCAUUUGGACGGUAACCGCUUGACGACGCUGGGGCCGAGAGACCUUGUGGGAAUGGUUAAUCUACAGCACCUCAUCGUCAACGGUAACCAGCUGACGAGGGUGUCGGCAGAAGCAUUCGAUGAUUUCCUGCUGACGCUGGAGGACCUGGAUAUCUCAUACAACAACCUCCGAAGGGUCCCGUGGGAGUCGAUCCAGAACAUGGCCAGUCUCCACACCCUGAACCUGGAUCAUAAUCUGAUAGACCACAUCGCAGAGGGAUCCUUUGGAGAACUGUACAAGCUGGCUCGCCUGGACAUGACCUCCAAUAGGCUGAGGACCCUGCCACCUGAUCCCCUGUUUGCAAGGUCUCAGACGGGAGCCAUCAGUCCCACUCCCUACAACAGCGUCAUCAGCCUGAACUUCGGAGGGAACCCGUUACACUGUAACUGUGAGUUGCUAUGGUUACGGCGGCUGGUCCGAGAGGACGACAUGGAGACGUGCGCCACGCCCCCUCAGCUGGCCGGCAGGUAUUUCUGGUCCAUCCCUGAGGAGGAGUUCACCUGUGAACCGCCCCUCAUCACCAGACACAGCCACAAGCUCUGGGUCCUGGAAGGUCAAAGGGCAACCCUGAAAUGCAGAGCCAUCGGCGACCCCGAACCCGUCAUCCAUUUUGUCUCACCCGGCGAUCGGAUUGUGGCGAAUUCCAGCCGUGCGACAUCGUACCGGAACGGAACAUUGGAUCUCUUAGUUACGGUUGCUAGGGACGACGGAGCGUACACGUGCAUAGCAAUAAACGCAGCGGGGGAAGCUACCGCGACGGUGGAUCUAAAGAUCGUUCCGUUGCCGCACCGGAACGGGAAUGUGACGGUUACCGGGAACGCUGGGAAUUCUAAUGGGAAUAUUCCGGGUUCUUCAGACAUCACCACCGGGAAAAGUGGGAAUUCCGGAGGGGGUGAGGAGGAGGAGGAGGAGGACGGAGGGACUAGGAUGGAGGAAGGAGAGAGGAUUGUAGGGAUACAAGGAGUCACUUCUACCUCAGCCCAGGUGAGAUGGGACCUCGGCCGAUCGGCUGGAGUUUACCUGGUGUGGAUGUUUCAGAUACAGUACAACUGCACAGCUGACGAGGCGCUGGUGUACAGGAUCCUCCCGUCUACCAGUAACAGUUUCAUGUUGAAGAACCUGGUUUCUGGAGCAGACUACAACCUGUGUGUCCUGGCCAUCUUUGAUGACAUCGUCACCUCACUGGCCGCAACCAAGGUUCUUGGCUGCGCCCAGUUCAGCACUAAAGAACUCUACCCAGAAUGCAAAUCUCUGCAGGCCCACUUCCUGGGUGGAACCCUGACAAUCCUGGUCGGAGGCAUUAUAGUGGUAACACUGCUGGUGUUCACCGUGGCGCUGAUGGUGCGUCACCGUGUAUGCAGUAACCACGGUGACCAAUGUGACCACGGGGAUGAUGGUGACGAGCCGGCAUGUUGCCAGGGCGGGUCAUUAGGGAGUCCGGUGAAAGGGGCGGCGGCCGGAGGUGGCGGAGGAGUCUACAGCCAAUCGAAUGGCAAUGGGGAUGUGAUGAUGGUGGUCUUGCCCAAUGGGCUGCCUUCGAAGCAGCGAGGGGGCGGGGAGAAGGAGAGAGAAAAGGAGAAAGGAGGGGCUGAUGUACCUCCUAAUUUACACCCCAAACCAAAACCUAAAGCCCAAACUCUGCCCAGGCCUAUAGUAACCUGGGAGGGCAGGGGAGAGAAGGGGGGAGGACAGGGUGAGAGACAACUUCCUCCCUACACCCCCGAAGCAGAACGGGACUCUGCCUACUAUGCUCCUGUCGUAAGCUUGUCCCCUUCCACCCUCCCCCGCCAAUCACGAGGAGGAACAGGAACGGGGAGGGCUAGGCUCCGCCCAGAUGUAGUAGUAGUGGGCGGGGCCAAACGGGCAAGCUUCGCCCUGGACAUGCCCCUGGGACAGGAUCUCCUCUCUGAUUGGAGGAUGAGACAUGGUGUCAUAGUGGGCGGGGGCGAAGACAAAUGGAAUUCCUCCCAAGCCUAUCAGAGCCCGGGAGCUCCCCUAAGCCCCUGCCCCAGCUCAGUGCGCGCCAAACGUAGCAACUCCCUCGACAUGGGUUCUUCUUCUUCUUCUGUUUCCAUUGCCACGACGACAACGGUUGCCCAGCGACAGUACAGCAGUCGCCGCGGUUACGCCAAGCGGCUGUCAGUCACCUGGACAAGGCGAAGUAAAUCGCUGCAUGGAAUGUUGGUACACUGCGCCUCGGCAACCAGCACCACUUCCUCGACGACCAGCGACGAGGGUAGCAUAAACGGGGAGUUUGCCGUAGUUCAACAUGGUUACGUCCACACCUACAACAACACUAACUCUAACUCUACGAGUGCUGUUAUCAAGGGCAAUGGGAAUGAGAAAGACAAAGGAGGGAAAGAGAAGACAGCCAGUGAUGAAGGGCUGGAGGAGAGUGUGGUGUAGAGAGGGAAAGAUAGAGAAGGAGGGAGAGAGAGAGAGAGAGGGAGAGAGAGAGAGAG